ACCAACGCGGAAGUGAGUAAUCAAUAUAAACAUUACAAUGUAAAGGAAACGCUGUUCGUGAAAAAGAAGUAGCUCUUCGGUGAUUUUCGCCCACACAUGACAAUAUGGUUCGAUGUUUCCUGAUCCACACCGUCUGUCCGGUCGGUGCUCUCGGUUCCGGGGAGAGUCGGGUGCUUUACUCCCGGGUCUUCGGUCCAGAUGAAGGCGUCUUGGCCGCCCAGCACCAAGAGCUCACCCCGGAGGACAGGCGACUUCUACAGAAGGAGAAGGUAGCUGUGGUAGCAAGGCAGGUCCGGAGCGCUGUCUCUCUGUCCCGGGAGGUUUCAGGUCGGCAGCUGGUGGAGACGGUACCCGGCGAGGAGGUGCUGGCCCUGCAGGAGGCCGACAGUGGGGUGGUGCGUCUGAGAGCCGGAGACCCUUUCUCUGAGGAGAUGAGCGCUCUGUGGCUGGGAGUCCAGAGUUUGGGCUUCACGCUGGUUUGUGAGCCCCACGAGAACCUCCUGCUCGCUGAGGGAACCCUGCGCAACCUGACCCGACACUGCCUGGAGCACCUGCACAUGCUGGGGCAGGGCAGCGAGGUUCUGCUGAGGAGCAACCGCAUUGAUGCUCUGCUCAGCCGCCUACUUCCUCACGGCCAGCUCCUCUUCCUCAACCACCGCUUCGCCCAGAGUCUUGAGAAGGAAGUGGCAGCGUACAUGGCCAAGUGACCCAGAGCGGCCCAGCAGUGCACGGCCACGAUGUACGACCAACUCACUCCGGGCUGACUUCUGGUUUGAGCUCAAUCACUGCUAGCUCUAAAACAAACAGGCUGACUGUUGUUUACCUUUGGUGACAUUUUUGCGGCGGUAGAAGACGAACAGGCUACUGGCAGCUGCUGUUUCAAGAUUGCAUGAGUUGGUAAACACAUAGAGUAGGAAAUAUCUCCCUCAGCCACUUGCAGCUCACUGUUCACUGUUGACUGUUUACUGUGUGGGAGGCUUCAGUUCAAAUCCUGUUUGUCAAAUUGAAGAGUGGAAAGGAAAAUGUGGCAGAUUAAAGAGUGCAGUUGAAGAGGCCAGUUAAAACCUACUCGUCAACAUCAAAGACAGCUAUUUAUGUGAUUCACCAUACUUGAAAAUGUCAUUGUUUGACCUUGAAGGCUCCGACUUGACCUUGUUUUUGCUAAUUCUGGGAAUAUAAAUGAAUCUCGCAGUGCUUUAUUGUGACUUCUAACGCACCUUUCGUUCUGAAGAGUAGGAGGACACCAGAAUGGGAUUUUUGAAUGUGUUCAUGCAGUACAAAGUAUGAUUCAUCUCAUAUUAACAAACAGCUGAAAUGGAGCAAAGGAAGAUCAAUGUCAGACUGGUUUAAUGCCAUUUUGAAGCAAACAUGUCCUGAUUCUUGAGGCACUGAGGACAAUGAAAAAGGAAACAUUAUAAAACCACUAUGAAAGAUAUGCAGAGAUGUUGGCAUACAGUACAAAACAGGAAAUGAUGAUAGAAACAACAACAGAAACAUCCAGACACCGCAUAUUACAAAUGUAUUCCUGUGUCUUGUGAACAUCUGCUGUACCUCUGACUGCGAACCCCCAUGAAGCCAGAUUCUCCUGCUCCUCUUCCUAACCUCUUAAUUGCCUCUUAAACCCCAGUUAUUCUGGCAACCAAAUCUAAAACUAGAGCUGUGACUGAGCUGUGUGUUUUAUGGGGGGAAAUCUGUCUGGAUGCCAACAUCAAUUGCUUUGAUCUUGUCUUUUUUUCUGUAUUAAAAAAUAAAAACUAAUUUUUUGUAUUA